GUCACUGCUAAAGUAUUUAGUAGCACACACGCAGGCUGGUUGGCCACAGCUCCACCAUCAACAAUCGUGGAUAAUUUUUACUAAUUUCGAAAUGUCAGUGCGUCCAAUUUUGUAUUAUGCACUAUUCAGCUCGCCCUCCAGAGCCGCAAUGCUGACAUCCAAAUUAAUUGGACUAAAUGUCGAUUUAAAACCCAUCAACUUUGCAGCUCAGGAACAUAUGAGUGAUUGGUUUUUGAAGCUUAAUCCUCGUCACACCGUACCUACGCUGGUCGAUCGAGAUGUGUCGCUGUGCGACAGUCAUGCAAUAAUCACCUAUAUGGUCGAUCAAUAUGGCCAGAGUCAACACAAACAUUUAUAUCCGAAAGAUUUUAUCAAACGUGCCAUAGUUGACGAGCGACUCUACUAUGAGAACGGGGUGCUUUUUCACGUAAUCAAAGAUUUUGUGAACCGCAUAAUGCGUGAUGGCGACAUAGAGUAUCAUCGUAAAAGCAUAGAACUGUGCCAUAAUGCCUAUGAGUUUCUAGAAGCAUUUCUGUCACGCAGCAGAUACGUGGCUGGCGAGCAAUUAAGUUUAGCUGAUAUAUCCAUAAAUACUACAUUGAUUUCUUUGGAUAAGUUGGUGACGGUAGAAGAGAAAAGAUAUGCAAAAAUUUGCGCAUGGAUGCAGCGCAUGCGGGAGGAGUUACCCGGCUAUGAGGAGAUCAACGAAAAAGGUGCACAGCAACUAUAUCUACGUUUUCAAACUUGCUUAGAGGAGAAUAUGACGAAGCAUACGUAACAAAGUGCUAUAUAUAGUUAUAUUAUAUUUUCUUGUUUUAUUUUUAUGUUGUACUUAGCAGUGGAGCCCCUCACAUGAAUUAUAAGUUAAUAUUACUGUGGUUAUA